GUGGCCCGUUCUAAGUUUUCCCCUCAGAGCAACAUGGCCGCCUCUGCUAGGUUGUCUUCCACCUCCCCUGGACGGCCUUCGGGAGAUUCGGAGCCGCCGCCGCCGCCUUCUUCCCCCCACAUGGCGGCCUUGAUCUUGGCCCGCGGCGGCAGCAAAGGGAUCCCCCUGAAGAACAUUAAGCUCCUCGCCGGGGUCCCGCUGAUUGGCUGGGUGCUGAGGGCAGCCCUCGACUCUGGCGUCUUUCAGAGUGUUUGGGUUUCCACAGACCAUGAUGAAAUUGAGAAAGUAGCCAAACAGUUUGGGGCUCAAGUUCAUCGAAGGAGCUCGGAAGUGUCUAAAGACUCCUCUACUUCCCUGGAUGCCAUUGUGGAAUUCCUUCAGUAUCAUGAUGAGGUUGCUGUCAUAGGAAAUAUUCAAGCAACCUCCCCCUGUUUGCAUCCCACCGAUCUAAUCAAAGUGGCCAAAAUGAUCCAGGAGGAUGGCUUUGAUUCUGUCUUCUCUGUCGUGAGGCGGCAUCAAUUUAGGUGGAGUGAAAUAAAAAAAGGAGUGAGUGAAGUGACUGUACCUCAAAAUCUGAAUCCUGCCAAACGUCCCCGGCGCCAGGACUGGGAUGGUGAACUUUAUGAAAAUGGGUCAUUUUAUUUUGCCAAAAGGGCCCUAGUUGAAAAGGGGUACUUACAGGGUGGGAAAAUGGCUUAUUAUGAAAUGCGUGCUGAGCACAGUGUGGAUAUAGAUGUUGACAUUGACUGGCCUAUUGCAGAGCAAAGAGUACUGAGGUACGGUUACUUUGGUAAAGAGACCCUGAAGGAGGUGAAGUUGCUGGUUUGUACUGUUGAUGGAUGCCUCACCACUGGUCAUAUCUAUGUCUCGGAAGAUGAGAAGGAGAUUGUUUCAUAUGAUGUCAGGGAUGCUGUUGGGAUUAACUUGCUCCAAAAAAGAGGUGUUGAGGUGCGACUGAUCUCAGAGAGGAAUUGCUCAGCAAAGGCACUUUCUGCCAUGAAGCUGGGCUGUCCAAUGGAAGUCAGCGUGACAGACAAGCUGCAAGUUGUUGAGAAAUGGCGGAAGGAAAUGGGAUUGUGCUGGAAGGAAGUGGCAUACUUAGGAAAUGAAGAAUCUGAUGUGGAAUGCCUGAAGAAAGCUGGUAUGAGCGCUGUUCCUGCAGAUGGUUGCCCAGCUGCACAGAAAGCCACGAGCUACAUCUGUAAAUGUAACGGUGGCCGUGGUGCAAUCCGAGAGUUUGCCGAACACAUAUUCCUCCUAAUGGAAAAGGUGAACUCAACUGGAAAGAAACCACGGUGUUAAAGGCCUGAAGCUGGGGGGAAGAAGUCUUUUGAUUCCAUUCUGUUGGUCUCUUUGUUUACUUGUGCCUUUAGAAAAACAACAACAACACAUUUUGGGAAGCCAAAGGGCACUGUCAGGAAUUAUUUAAAGCAUGUGUUUUCAGGCACUUGAACCAAAUAGUUAAAUUCUCUCUUCCAAAUCUUUGCUGGUGUUAACAGCCAUCCAACUGAAGUUGACUACAGUCAACAUUGCUCAGUAAGCCUGAAAAAUUGGCGGUAUUGCUGUCCCUCCUCUCAGGGGAUGUUGAUGUUUUCUUUUUCAGAAUCAAUUGUACGAUUCUGUCACGGGCACAGAGCUAUGGUGUGAGGAACUGAUAGCAUUGUUUAGAACUUAUUUUCCCUGCAGAGAAUGGUCUCUCUUCUCCUGUUGGCAACAAAGACUCUCCUUCCCUUUCCAGUAAGAAUACACUGUGUGUUCUGGCACUUCACAAAGUGUGUAUCUGCAGCAGGGUCUGUCUAAGGGCUCCCAAGAUUACAAGAGACUGAAUUCGACCCCUGCCCUGAUUUGAAUAGGUGAAAGGGAGUUUCAUUGCUCAGCAGUAGAACACAUAAUUUGAAUGCAGAAAAUCCCUGGUUCAGUCUCAGCAUAAACAUGACCAGGGAUCCUUGACUCCAGAGUUUGAGGGCACCAGCCUGAAGCAGUGUGGUUAGGGAAGAUGGGAGGCAUGCAUUAGAAGAAUCAGGGAGCUUGUGAUGUGAAACAGUCUGUCACCAAAACAUGGAUUAUUUUAUUUAAUUAUUUUCAUUUUGAGCUACAAAAUCCAGAAUCCCUUAGCCAACAUGGCUGUCUUGGCAGAAUGCAAAGACAUUGCUGUGUUAUUCUGGAAAACCAAGUAGACUUCAGUCUAUUUCCUUAGAUGCAUGAACUUUCUGGACUCUCCACUUCAUGUAUCUGAGGAAGUAGGCUCAAAUCUGUGAAGCUCAUGAUACCAACUUCUCUCUUUCAGUUAGUCUCACAGAUGCUACAAGAUCCCUUUGAAUAAUGACUAUGUUGGUUAGGGAAUUCUUGGAGGUGUACUCCAAAAAGUAACUAUUGUAAUUAGGGAUCUACCUAAGAUUCCGAAGAGCUACUUCGAGCCAGUUAACCAUCCUGGUUCCUGAUGCUAGUCCAUAGAUUCCUCAUUAUGUUUUGAGGCUCAUCUUUAGAUCUGAUGCUCUGCUUUUUGGCAUAUCCUGUCCCUUUGCUCUUACUUUUGAUCCAGUUUGUGCAGUUGGCAGAGUCAUACAUAGGGUAUUUUUCCCUUAGAAUGUACCACCAAGGUGAGGACUGAAUGUUAGUUUCCCUUCCUUCUGAAAGAGCCAUCUUUGAAUAUAGGAAUAAAAUGUACAUUAGAUGAAGGCUAGGGCCAGCAUGGUGUAGUGGUUUGAGCACUGAAGACCAGGGUUUGAAUCCCUAAUCAGCCAUAGGAACCCACUAGUUGACCUUGGUCAUGUCACACUCUCUCAGCCUGAGGAAGACAAAGGCCCCUCUGAACAAAUCUCACCAAGAAAACCCCUUGAUAGGGUUGCCUUAGGGUCGCUAUAUAUCAGAAAUGACUUGAAGGCACAUAACAAGUAAGGCUAGGUUGAACACUUCUCCCUGACUUGUUAUUUUUCAAUUCAGCAGGGUGGCAGUGGAGAGUUGUAUAAGCAAGUAUGAGAAAUUGUGAUAUAGUAUUCAUGUUUUGUUUUUCUGCUAUUUUUAAGGCUAAAUGAAACAAGGAUGAAUGUUAUGCCACUUUCUGUGUAAGAUGUCUGGUGGAAACUUUGACAGAGAUGUUCAGCUCCUGGAAGUCCCAGCUAACAUAGCCAAGUGUUGUGAAUGUUGUUGGCUACUAGACUCAGGGCAUUAUAAUCCAGAAAAGUCCCUUUCCCAAGCUCUGGCAAAAUCCAAAAUAUCUAGAGGACUAAAUGAUUCCCACCCCUGGUUUAAAAGAUAUUUGAGGUGUUCACUAUCUGCUGUGGAUACAUGGCUUGUGUACCUGGAAGGCUGUGCUGACAUGCAAAUACUACACCCAAAGAUGCUGGCAAGGAGAUUAGGAACUCUGAAGAUGCCAACCACAGAUGCUGGUGAAACAUCAGGAGGAAAAUUUUCUAGAAUAUGGCCACAUAGCCCAAAAAACCCACAAAAAAACAAACCACAGAUUAGGAACCCUUGAAAAAGACAUUGGUCUGCAUGCAACUCUGUUAAGAGUAGAGCAUGUUCACACAUUUUAUGUUGUCAC